AUGGAAAAAAACAAUCUUGAUUUAAUUUUCACAGAACUAUCCGGUUUAACCACACCUAAUAAACAGAAAUAUAACACAAAAAGUAAAUAUUUUAUCACCUACCAGUCGUACUUCUCAGUCGAAAUCAAUGCUCAUAGUCUUAUAUAUCUUGCUGUACUUGUCUCAGAAGGACAACUUCCUCUUGAAACUCUUAAUAUAUGGUUACAAAAUUCUCAAACUUGCGAAAGCACAUUUAGAUCGACUAGAUCAAUAUCUAGCAUUAAUUCAGCAGGUGUAAACUUCACAGUUUCACAAUUCCUUAAUCGAAUUAAUAAAUUAUCCACAUUACAAAACAUCAAAAUUAACACAAAUGAAAACAAAUUACAUUUUCCUCAACAUCAUAAAGUAUCAUCAUCUUCAUUACGAAGUACUUCAAAUUCAUCAAAUACAACUAUUAUUUCGAAGGCUGAUAUUGAAAAUAGUGUUCUUAAUGCAUAUAAAUAUGUAACUAAUCUUUUUAAACCACUUCAAAUCAAACAACUUUUACGAAAUGGACAAACAAUUUCAAUUCAAGAACUUAGUAACACCAUAUCACGUCGGCUGGAGAAUUUUUGGAUAGCAGAAAACGAUGAUAGUAAUAGCAAAAAUGCAGAUUUAGAUACCGAGUCAGAUGAGGAAACAGACAAUAGUAUCCAUAAAGAUGUUACAUAUGAUAAUGAUAGUGAUGAAGAAAUAGAUCCAGAUGAUAGCUAUGAUACUACACAUAAUUUUAACAUAUCUGCACACCGUGGAAUAAGAUUAGUCGAUAAUGUUAAAGAAGAAUUUGCUCAUACUUACUUUCAAGUUAUCAUUAAUGGCGAUAAAAAUAUAUUCAUAAACAAGCUGCUUGCUGGCUUUUGCAAAAAGAUAGAAGUUCAUUAUCCUCCGAUCGAACAUUACGGUAAAAAUGUUGUUGUUAUAUGUCAUAUUUGCACUGGAGAUGGAUCAAAAGAACCAGAACAAAUAUUUUUUUCGAAUUAUUUUCUUUAUACAUCGACGGUUAUACAUCAUAUUUAUGCUACAUGUACUAAGUAA